GUAUGAAAUAAAAACAUUAUACCUUUGACAAUUUUUGUUCACUCGUUGCGAUGCAUCAAAAAAACUCACUUGUUUGCUGCGCUCACUCUUUCGUUUUUAUGAUGCAUUGCAACUGGUGAAUAAAGAUCGUUCGUGCGCACUUUCCACGGGAUAAUCUCUAUUUAUUCUAGACAAACCAGGAAGACGAGCAAUAUCGGUUUAGGCAGAAAGUUCGAGUAUAGAUUUAUGUUUAUGGAAUGCGUGUUUAAGAUAGAACUUUUCAUCGGCAUUUUAAGCCAUAUAAUAGACUUUUAAGGCUUUCCAUUGAGGUUCCCGAGUUUGCCACCAACAGAUGACUAGCUUCGAUACACUUUGUUGACGUCAGCAUUUUUGAUGAGCCCCGUUUUCGAUCUCAAUCACUUUGGAUAUGAGGUCUAAACACUGAAAACGAUUGAAGGAGCUGUGGAGAGGGCGCCUCUGACUUAAGAUUCGUAAGUACAGCGUACUAAACGCGAGAUCUGUUGUAUCAAGUAUUCUACAUUGCAUCUUGACGCCACUUAAAAUAACACGUCUUCCCGGCCAGUAAGUGUAAAAAAUGUUAUCAAUAUUGAUUUCAAGAGCGCCACUACAGCCCUAUAUCAUUUACUUAGUAUCGGUGUUCUCAUGUGGUGGAAUUUUUUGGACUUAUAUCUGAAUGGCAAAAUUACCAGCUCGAUGAUAACAAUAUUGAUUGAAUUCCUCCUAUUUCGGAUUGAAAGUUACCUUUUUACAUGUCGACAACUUUCAUAAAUUUUUACGGUGGAAAAUAGAAGAGGGUAUGUUAAAGAGACGUUUCCUUGUUUAUGGCUUUUGGACAUACAAGUUAGAUUUUUCGACACAUCUCUGAACCCGUGUUGUCAUUUUGCAACAAAAUAUAGUUGAUGAUGUGGUUGUUGUCAAAUAUAAGUCAGGUUAGCAUCGAGGUAUGUUUGAUCCACGACUUGAGAUUGCAUCCGGAGUAUUAAUGACUGGAUGUGCAACUGCAUUCCUCAAAACCUGAUCAGCUUCUGUACAUUUUGAGAGGCGAUUUUGCGUGAAAUCGAGAAAGGCAAUCCAAUGGAAAUAAUAUGGAUUAUCUAUGUUGCUGGUUUAUUUCCUGUUUUGAGCGAAGGAGAAAUACUUUACCACCAGACCAUGACUCCAUCUUGGCUAGAAACGCACGCGUCCUACAUUGACAACUCUCGUACGUCAACCACUGAUCAAGUAACAUUCAACGCAGGCUCAGUAGCUCAGAGAGCUCUCCUGAAAGUUCCCUUAAUACCCCCUGGCGCUUUAAGAUCUACCACCCCGCUGACCAUUGAAAUUACCGUAGCAAAUGACGCGAGCAUUGGACAGGUUGUUGACAGUGACACCCGAUAUGGUGUGUCAGAUGGUGCAAGAUUUAUUGGAUUCCAAACGCGAGACAGAACAAAUUACAUCAACAUGUAUCCAUGCUAUGGAUUGGAAGGUGUACCUGGUCAAACUUUAUCCUCUCAUCAAUACAUUUCACAAGCGACUAACAAGCCUGGUCACUCCAAGUACCCAGGUCGCUUUGUCUUCACCAUAAAGUUGGAUGAACGCUGGGGUUCCUGUUACACUGCGCAUGACGGAGGAUCCGUGAAGAACAUUGGUUACAGUAACCGACUCAUGCUCAGUAGGGGUCUUACAUUCGAAGUCUACUCAGAGGACCGAAAGGACAGAGUUGGUAUUAAGUAUAUCAAGGUGGUCGUCAUACAAGACGUUUAGAGCUUGUAAAAGAAAAUUAAAGGGAGAAAAUUAAUAAAAUAAAUCGUCAUUUUAGUUCUUUUUAGCCACCUGAGUAUUACUUUGAUCGGUAAAUUUAUUACAAAAGUUGAUCCAAGAGUGCAAAUCGUUUUUCUUUCACUUAAGAAUACAUUUGAAGAACAAUUUGUUUAAAAGUA